GAGCUGAAGAUGCAGUUCCCUGCGCUGGCGCUCAAGAUCAACAACAUGCGGAGCGAGAUCGUCGACAAGUUCGAGGAGCGUUGCCAAAGCAUCGAGAGCGACGCGCUGGAGAUGCAGCAGCAGAUCGACUCCCUUGAGCAAUACAUACGGCGGCUUCAAGGCCACGAGGUGUUUCCUGACCUUCGGGGCGGCUCGUACCACUUGCAGAGCUUUACAAAAAAUGGCCUCUGCGAUAACGUUCGGAGCCCUGCGUGCAGGAACGGCUGCAAGGAGGUUCUGAAUGCCAUCCAGCUCUCCUCCCCGCUGAUCACGAACAAGCCCGUGGACUCCGACACCAGGCUCACGCCGAGCGAGACUGUCGACCUGCUAGUGCCGAGACAGGCUGUCGAGAUGGCGCUGCCGCCCGAGCCCGACGAGAAGACGCACACCGUUACGCCAUCAACGAGUUCUGCUACCUGGAGCUCUGAUUCGGCGCCUGCUGCGGCGUCUGCAUCGACCGAGCAGCUGUCCUUCACCGUGAUCGCUGAGCAGCUGGUGUGG